AUGGACGCCCUCUGGUCGCGGCAGCAUAUGCGCGGUGUCACCAUGCACCUCCUCCUGCUCAUGGCCAUCGCCACCCUCGGCUCUCUGCAGUUUGGCUACCAUCUGGCAAGUGAUUCUCCUCUCCUCUCCUCGCCCAUCCUCUCCUCGCCUACCCUCUCCUCGCCCAUCCUCUCCUCGCCUACCCUCUCCUCGCCCAUCCUCUCCUCGCCUACCCUCUCCUCGCCCAUCCUCUCCUGGCCCGCCGAGCUCAACGCGCCCCAGGAUGUCAUCACCUGCCGCAAAAAGGCCAUCCCGACCAUCAUCCGCGUCGGCGAGUGGCUCCGGACGACGAGGAUGAAGGCCGACCGGGAGAGGCGCGCCGAGGCCGACUGCAUCUCCAUGACCGAGGCCGCCUUCGCCACCAUCUCGUCCGUCUUCACCGUCGGCGGCCUCGUCGGCGCCCUCGCCGCCGGUCCCCUCUCCUCCAGGGCCGGCCGCCUCUUCGCCAUGCGCGUCACCGCCGUCUUCUACAUCCUCGGCAGCGCCGUCGAGACCUUUGCCGGCAGCAUCUGGCUCAUGUCCCUCGGCCGCUUCGUCUCGGGCCUCGGCGCCGGCGCCUCGACCGUCGUCGUGCCCCUCUACGUCAGCGAGAUCGCUCCGCCGGCCGAGAGGGGCCUCUUCGGCGCCAUGACCCAGGCCUCCAUCAACCUCGGCAUCCUCCUGACCCAGACGCUCGGCUACUUCCUCAGCCACGGCGGCGCCUGGCGCUGGAUCCUCGCCAUCGGCAUGUUCAUCGCCGUCGGCCAAGGCCUCGCCCUCUUCGUCGUGCCCGAGAGCCCCGCCUGGCUGGCGACGCACGGCGACGCGGCCAAGGCGAAGCGGACGCUGCAGCUCAUCCGCGGCGACGGCGUCAGCAUCCACGAAGAGGUGGCCGCCUGGACCAAGGACGCCGCCGUCGUCACCUCGGAGGAGGAGGGCCUGCUCGCCCAGACCGACGGUCCGCUGUCGCCCGUCUCGCCGACGCUGCCGCGCUUCAAGAAGCCCGUCCACCUCGGCUUCCUCCAGGUCGUCCGCGACCCCCAGACGCGCCCGGCCAUCUUCGUCGUCGUCGGCAUCAUGGUCGCCCAGCAGUUCUGCGGCAUCAACAGCGUCGUCAUGUACUCCGUCUCCCUCUUCGCCGACCUCCUGCCGACGUCGUCGGCGCUGCUGACCAUCCUCAUCUCCGUCGUCAACCUCGCCAUGACGGUCGCCUGCGCGCCCCUGCCCGACCGCCUCGGCCGCAAGACGUGCCUGCUCGUCUCCAUCCUCGGCCAGGGCGUCAUGUCGCUCGUCCUCGCCCUCUCCAUCGUCUUCGGCGCCAAGGUCGUCUCCGCCGUCGCCAUCCUCCUCUUCGUCGCCUUCUUCGCCGUCGGCCUCGGCCCCGUGCCCUUCAUCCUGGCCUCGGAGCUCGUCGGCCAGGAGGCCGUCGGUGCCGUCCAGAGCUGGUGCCUCGCCGCCAACUACACGGCCACCUUUUUCGUCGCCCAGUUCUUCCCCAUCGUCAACGCCGCCCUGAACAAGGCCCUCGGCGGCCAGGGCACCGUCUACCUCAUCUUCUCCACCCUCGCCGCCUUUUCCGCCGUCUUUGUCUUUCUCGUCGUGCCCGAGACCAAGGGAAGGAAGGAUCCGGAGGACAUCUGGGCCCGGUCACGCCGCCUCGAUUAG